CCGCAGGGGGCAUCAGUAUGAGUGGAGCUCAUUUAUGUAUCCUAGAACCACAGAAUUAGUCAGGCUUUCGAGACGCCUGCAGUUUAUCAGAUUUGUUUCGUUUAUUCCACAAGCUAAGUUGCGACAAUGAACUCGAAGAACCUGAAGGCUUUUCUGGAGUCCUCUCUAAACGAGAUCUUCAAGGCGACUGUGGAUAACAUCCUGGACUCUGUAGAUCAGACUCUGGCCGAGUAUCAGGGACAAAUUCGGCGGAUUACAUCUGAAAAUGAGACACUGAGAGAAAAACUACGUUCUCAAGAGGCCAUUACAUGCCAGGUGAAAACAGUGCAUGACGAUCUUGUUGUUGCUGUUGGGGACUUAAGACCGACUUUUCUUCAUCAUCCGACUGUACCUGGACAUAGGGGUCCAGGGAAGGCCUCUCAGAAACAGAGGGAAGAUUGGAGCAAGACAGCAGGUAGCUCUAGAUCUGCAUUACUAAAACCAAGCCCCCUUCCAACCAACAGUGGAGCACAACAGUUAGACGAAGAAGUGCAGAGUACCACAGUACCUUACGUAAAGAUUGACCCAGACAUUGAAGAUGACAGCAGCCUGUUAAAGCAUCAGUCCCCUGUUAACCUUACAACUAAGAUCAUUAAAGUAGAAGGGUCCGAGGAGAACUUUUCAGAAUGUUACAUUGGAUCUCCAGCAGACCUCUCCAGAGACAGUGAUGACGAGAUUCAAGUAACCAUGGUGUCCAAUAAGCACAUGAGCAGUACUAUGAGUGAAGAUGAAGCCAGCGAUAUGGGGCACCAUGAAUCGGAGAAGUCGGCACACAGCGUAUCUGAGGAAGAUAUUGAAGAUCCAACUGAUGACACCGUUCUUGGUGUCUGUUUUGAUGAUGAUGGAUUGGCUUUAGAACCAGACAAGGGGUUUAUAGAAAUUUUUCAAUCAACGGAAUCGCCAAACUCAAAAGAGCUGAAGGACAGCAAAACCUUCCAUUGCGCACUUUGUGAGAAGAGCUUCGGUCGCAUGGCGUCACUUAACAUACACAUGAGGACUCAUAGCUCGGAGAGAGCUCACAUCUGCAGCUACUGCGGCAAGGGUUUUAGCCGAGCUGACCUACUGAAGAACCAUCAACGCACCCAUACAGGCGAGAGACCCUAUUCCUGUAAUCUAUGUGGAAAGAGUUAUGGUCAUCAGGGCCAACUCCGGAUCCACAAACGAACCCACACGGGUGAGAAACCCUACGCCUGCCCGCAUUGUGCCAAGCGCUUUACUGAACACAACCAGCUCAAAGUGCACCUCCGGACGCACACGGGCGAGCGACCGUAUUCCUGCAGCGUCUGCACCAAGACCUUUGCCAGUGCGGGCAACCUGAGGAUCCAUCUACGGAUUCACAGUGGAGAAAAACCUCAUUGUUGUAGCCAGUGCGGAAAGAGGUUCAACAGCCAAGGCGACCUCAAAACGCAUCUGCGUGUACACACGGGCGAGCGCCCGUACCACUGCGAUCUCUGUGAAAAGACGUUCAGCCAGGCUGGCCACCUGAGCAUCCACAUGCGCAUGCACACGGGCGAGAGGCCAUACGAAUGCGGAAUAUGUGGACGCACCUUCACUGUGGCCAGCAGCCUCAAGCUCCAUCAGCUCACCCACACCGGAGAAAAGCUGCACACCUGCGUACGCUGUGAGAAAAGCUUCAGCAGGGCCAGCCAUCUGAAAAGACAUGAGCAGCUCCACGCCAAAGAGGAAACCGUACUAAUGGGUACUGAUCAAUCGUUGUCGAUGGAAGACCAAAAGCUUCAUGGUGGAGAUGAAGUACAAAAUCUGGAUGGGAUGGAGUGAACGAAGCCUCCAUCCCCACACAUAUUAGCCAGUUGGUCAUGUAAACCUUCCAUUUAGGCCACUUAGUAUUAUCAGUUUAUCAACACCCCCACUACCCCAUCCACCAAUCCAAUGGAAGGAGGCCGCUGUUGAGCGAAUGUUAUUUAGAUGGUGGUUCAUUGUCAGUACAGCAGUGCCAUUGGCAUGGUAGUGUGUGCGGUACUGCAGAUUGUAUCAGGAACAUCAGGAAAGUUCUAUCUACUAUCUUUCACAUACACAAGCUCGCAGAGGUGUAUGAUUUGCGAUAGUAUGCCAUUCCGCCCACCCAAAAACCAUGGCAAAAUUUACUCCCUUGGCGUUCAGGCCAUGGAUGGCUGUGGCAUCUUCGGGAUUCCAACUCACGAUCCCCUGGGUUGGCACUUUUAGUAAUGAGGUUUUAAAGACUUUUCCUACUACACUUACUAGUCACUUGAUUGCAGAAGCUUACCUUGUUCAUUCAUCUUGUAGGUGUACAGUUGGAGAACAAAGAUCGUCUUUUUACUGAGUACAACACUUUUGUUGGCUGGACAUUUUUGCUUCAGAAAUAGUCCACCAACUUGGUAAAGAAUGAGGGAGUAGGGAGAAACACUGCUGUAUCUUAUACAUUCACUGUGGUCACUGGGAUCACUGUGCUGAAAAUGAUCCACCACCCAAAUAGUACUAUGAGGGUCACUUUCAAUGAUGGGCAGGUGUGGAGGGCUUGACUGUAGUCAAUCUUGACUAAGUAAUUGUUCAACUACAAAGUGACCUGUAUGGUAGUUCUGCGUGUUACAGUAGCCGAUGAGUGCAGGUAGCUGUACCCAAUGAAGUGGCACCAUGUGUGUGAUAUUCAUACAUUUCAUUUUGCUUUACAACUCUUUAUUGCACAGUCAAAAAAAAAACUAUUAAGAAAUAUCCAAAUGUUUGGUUGUCAAACAUAAGUUAAUGACAUUUAUUUUACAUCAAAAGUAUUAUGGUGGACAUAUGGAAGAAAGUUAGAAUUAAAUUAGUGGUUUGUGGUGUUGUUUUCAACGGUUAAAGAAAAUGAGAAAGGCCUGGGAAAACCCUUCAUGUAGCAGACUUUUGACUAGCAAAAUUUUUCCUCUAUAUGUAAUUUAAAAAAAAACUGGUCUUUUCUGAACUUAGAAGUUUAAAAGUCUUGAUUUAUGUCCAAAAGUGAAAAGGAAUAAAAGUGUAUUUAAAGAUCCCGUUCCAAGUGCAGCACAGGAGCAUCACGAACAUUUAAACAGCUGAUUACAAACUGAAUUGAUUAAGCUUAUGUCAGUUAUGGCACAUAGCCAUUCGACUUCAUCAAACCUGAUUUUUGUUGUUUUUUUUUGGUUGUUUGCUGGAAAUCUGCCAUAGUGGCAUCCAAUGGGGUUUCCCAAAUCUCCACACAUAUUGGCCAACUAGAACAGUAAGUACGGUGAAUAUAAUGAAAAUGCGCUUUGAUAAUACAGUGUAGAAUGUGAGGUAUUUUCUUGUAAUUCCUAUUAUUUCUGAUGUUAGAGAUUGAAAACUGGGCUUUAAAUUUAUCUUUGAUUCCCUGCUGAGGCCUUGAUGCAGGCAACCCCUUCGAACUUGAAACUGAAUUCCUUGUUUUGAAUGCAAUCUUUGUGCUUUCUGAGGAAUCACAUAAACAGUGUUAUACUGUCAUUAAUCAUAAAAGAAGGAUUUUUUUUUCAAAUGCUGACUAAUUGUAACAUACUGAUCAAAGAUGCUGAAUUACUUUUUUGUUCUUAUAUCUUAAUGACUGUGUGAUUUUUAUAUUAGCCAACACUUUUGUUCGAUGUCUGUGUGCGCCAGAACCAGUGAUUUCCAUUCAGUCCGACUGAUUUAUCCACACUUGUAAAAGAGAGCAAAUGUAUGAAACAUAUUUGCAUAUAUUUCCGUAGAUAUGGUUUAUUUCUUAUUUUUAAAAAUUCUACCACAUCUUUUAUGCAUUUUAGGGCAUGCAUUAUUUAGUAUUCCUUACCGUUCCAGUUUGUGCGUCUUCUCUAUCAGUGCAUAAAGGAAUCAUAUAAACUAAACUACAGUCUUGAACUAAACUGAUAUUCAAAAUCCAUACUUGUGAAAAUGACUGUAACCUUGUUAACGGUAUUGACGAGAUUAGCUUUGUGACCAUAGCACAGUAUCAAUUUAAAGUGCACACAAUAACUGCAAAUUCCCCUUGACAAUAAAGGUUAGAUGGUAAUGUUAACUAAAAGUAUGUACACGUUAUAAUGAUUAAUAUUGUUUACUUAGUGGAAAUGUAGUGGAAAUUAAGCCAUUCUUGCAAUUGUCAUUCCAUCAUAAUAAAUGAAAUGAAAAAUCAAA